UAAAAAUUAAAUUGUGCAGUUUUACGUGCCAGAAGCGCGGUUUCGUUGUAAAGCACGCCGUGGUGGGAAGAUCCAGAUUAUAUUUGGCCACCUGGGGUUAUUUGAAGUGCACCCUAUGCACAGGACCAUGCAGCCCGCCGUCAAAGCCAUUGCCAUCAUUGGAUUGGUUGGAAACCUUGUCGUUCCGAGCUAUCCUUUGGUGCACGAUGCGGUUCCUGCCCUGCGUGGAACUAUGGCACUGGCCUUUUUGACUUCGUGUUUUGUCGGAAGCAAUGCCUAUCUUUGUGAAAAGCUGGGUGGACCGUGCAAGUACAACACCGACUGCUGCCACCGACUCGUCUGCCUCCAGACGACCAUGACCUGCGAGCCGCGCGGGCCACACGCGCGCCGGGCGCGGCUUUCGAGAACGAGACCCGUGACGAAGCCGGGAGGCCGGGCGGCGCCCAUGCGAACCACUGCCAUGUAGCCAGAGGCAGACCCCGCUGAGCCGACAGCAAGCAGCACGGCAACACUUCUAGUCAUGUUUGGGAGUCUCCAUCUGCAAUGCUCGAGAAUUCUAUUUAAAAUGCACCUGCAAAUGGUACGCAAACAAGACAACGGUAUUCAUUAAACGCGAUGUCGCCGACAUCAAGUCCGAAAAUUGCCUGCCACAAAACAGAAUGCUCUUGAUUAUGCAUACCGUGAUUCUUCUGAACAAAAAUAAAGCAAUGUUUCCUCCA